AUGCCCGAUCAGAACGUGCCGUGUGUGCGAUGCAAGCGAAUGUGUGGCGAGGCUCCCAACCCCACUGUUCAGAAUCCUGGCCCGCAGGAUGUACUGAAACGUCGUGGAAAGCGGAACUUUUGCCAAAGUUGCUACCAAUACUGUGCCUCCCAUUCACCGUACUGUGACCUCGACUCCAAGGGUAUCAUCUCGAAGAUCGAGGAAGAUCAGGAUGCCUACGAUGCCGACCUCACCGAGUGGGAAUCAAAUCGCAGGCAGGGAAAGCGCAGCCGGGCUGGGGAGAAGUCGGUUAAGGUUGCAGCAGAGACACGAUCGAGUAUUACUACUCGUGUCCUGCUCGGAUAUUUGUGGUCGCAGUGCCUCCUCAAGCGACACAAAUUGGAUUCGCUUUGGGCUAAGCACCCCAAGACAACCGUCGUUCAUUGCGGAAAGCCCAUCACAGGCAUUCUCCGUGAGGUAGGUGGCCCAGGUGCGGUGGAAAUCUACAGCGAUUCCCAGACUUCUGCAGUUCGGAAGCAUCUGAAGGCGGACACGGCUGCCGAUGAUGCAGAUGAGGAUGCAGAUAAAUCGUUCCGAGAUUUGACCAAGCACUUGACAGUCGGGGUCACUUCCAAAGAGUUGGAGGAUGGUGAGACUGGCGAGCAGUCGCUGCAGCUCAAGUCCAAACGUGCCAAAUUCGAGCAGGAAGACGAGGAUUUCCUUUCCGUGUGGGGGACUUGUGGAAUUGUGACUGCAGGUGCCAAGAGCAGUCGCGAUUCCGAUGAUGAGGAUGAUCAGGAGAAAUCCAAGCCGAAGAAACGUGCGAAGGGUAAUGGUAGAGGUGGGGGCGGUGGGCCUCGAAAAAUCAAGCAAGCCAGUGCACAAGCCGAUGGUCCAUCCUUGGGGGAUGAUGCUGCAUCCCAGGCGGACACAGCCCGGGAUUUUGGCCUAUCUUCUUCCUGGUUGCUUGGUGGGAAGCCGCGAGGCCCAAAGGGCAAGGGCAGUGGGAAAGGCAACAAAGAGCUCGAGAGCACCGAGAAGGUGUUGACCCUCUACGACGGCAUCUGCAAUCAGCUGGAGAACGAGGAUACCUUCAUGUCUUUGUCUUUCAAGAAGGUGGCAGAUGUGUCGGACAAGCUGACCAACCGGAGCACGGAAGAGCUCAUGAAGGUUUAUAGGGACCUCAGCCAGUCUGGUUCCGAAGCCCAGAGAGCCGUUGAAACCAUGCGGCGAUUAGCGGCUGCGAACACACGGUCGACUAGCAUUUGCCAGCUCGUCUCGGCCAUUCACGACACUGAGGCGACGGCAGGCACACUUCGUGCGAGCAUCGAUGAAGCUCGCGAUGCCGGUGUCAAUUUGCCAAUCAGUGUUGAUAAGAUCGCUUUUGCCCGUGUGAUGUUGGAAUUCUCGGCAUCGGGACAAUGGGAUGAUCUCUUCAAUACUAUCCAAGGGGAGCCUGUUCAAAACUUGUUCCAGAAUGAGCCUGAGGCGGAUAGAGCGGAUAGAUGUAUGGAGUUCCAGUUCGUUUCGCUGAAGACCUGCAUCAUCAAGUUCUUGAAUCAAGAGAUUCAGGUCGCUAAGCCUGCUAAGGCGGAGGGCAAGGGUCCUGUGGAGGUCAUCGGCAAGGAAGAGAAGAAGAAGCGGGAUGAAGAGUUUAGUCGAGUGGCUCGGUGA